AAGGGUAGUUAUGUAAACUCAAAGUUGUUCUUGGACCUUUGGACAUACGGAAUACGAAUCUGGUAAACCAGUCACUAAAACGUAAAACCCUUGUUGCGGCUGGUGAGCGCUGAUUCUGCGAUCUGCGAUCUGCGAUCUGCGAUCUGCGAUAGGUGAAAUAAGGAUAUCGUCUGCAGAUCGAGUGAGUGGUUGAUGGUUGAGAAAGCAAGGUGGACUUAAUGUCUACUACAAAACCAUAGAACACCGUAACAUUUCCACUGGAUUCCAACAUUACAGCAGAAUGGUUGCCUUGAAAAUUUGUAAUCAGUCUCUACAAAUUUCACAUGUUUGAGAAUUGAGGUUAGAGCCAAAUUUUCAAGGAUUUCCCGUUAAAUUACACGGUACGAGACAACAGUGAUACAAUGGAGCUUUCUGAUGUAAGUAAUAUUAGCAACACCCUGACUGAUGUCAUGUAUCGCCGGUUGAAGAACAGAGAACGGCAGCGUAGAUACAGGGAGCGGAAACGUCAACAAGUUGAUGGCAGCAACGGUCAUGUCAGUGAUCAGUCAUCUCAGAUGCAGAUUGUGUUGUUGCCAAACAACGGGAUUGUGGAACAAGCUGUAACUCGUGUUCAUUGUAGGCGCAAUUGGAAAAAGGAAGCAAGAAGAGUCCAUGCCGCCAUACCAGAAGAGUCCAUUCCUUCAGGAACACGGGAUUCAGAACAAACUUUGAAAAGCGAACUUCUUUCAGAAUGCAAUGAUAGUCAAAAAAUGAUAAGUAAACCAGGAAGAAGAGAUUGGAAAAAAGAGGCAAGAAACAAGAAAUAGAUUCUUUGCAGCAGUGAAUCUGUAUUGUUCAGCUGCUUGCUAAUUUCUGAAUGGAAUUGGUUAUCUGCAAUUCUGCAAACCAGGUCAGUCAGUGGGUGAUCAGAAAAAAAGAACUUAACUAACAUGAACAGGAAAUUUUCAGAAUGAUAAAAGACAAGUUUUAAGAUUUGUACAUACAAAUAAUCUCACCAGAAUUGACUUUGUAACAUGCUGUUUAUGUUUUGUGUACUUUUUAGAACUGUAGUCAUGUCUCGGUUUGUUGAGGUUGAUGGUGAUGAAGAUGAAUGACAUGAAAGAUGAAACUCUUUUUCUGGUAUGGAAUGUGGAAUGCAGUAUAUUUAUACAA